GAAAUGGGGGUUCUGGGGUGCGACGUGGAGGUCGUGGACUGUAGAUAACACUGGGUUGCUGAAGGGCUGGUGUGCGCUGCAGUUAGUCACCCUGCAACUUGGACAGCGAGAAAACGCUCCCUUCAAAACUUUUUAUUCUAAAUGUAGAAAAUUUGCAAGUCUGGUCAGACUGCUCGUGAGUCAGCCCUUAAAAGCUGAGCAAACCAUUCCCAGCCCACCGUCCUUCUGACGUACCGACCGGAUUAGGCGUGUGAAAGUAUGUUUUGAUUUCAUAGAGCUAUCGACUGUGUUACUAAACUCUGGCUUUUAUCAAAAAUGUGCCUCGCUGGUUGUCUACCCUCCGUCACCACAGCUCUUGGGACCAAUACAGGAAUGCAUUCAUCUCACACUCAAAUUUCAUUUGAAAUACUCCUGAUGAGUGGAUCAGCCCCGUAAGCUGUGGCACUGCAUGUGGACCUCUCAAUUUCCUGAAGCCAGCAUUCCUAGGGAUCAGGAAAACACCUAAUGCUCAUAAAGGUAACAUACAAAUGGCUAAGCUAUACUCUAGGAGUUCACGUCAACCAGGCUAAACAGAUGCUGUAUGAUUAUGUAGAGAGGAAACGAAAGGAGAAUUCAGGAGCUCAGCUUCAUGUCACCUACUUAGUUGCAGGAAACCUCAUCCAGAACGGAUACGUUUGCCACAAGGUUGCAGUAGUGAGAGAGGACAAACUCGAAGCAAUGAAGUCUAAACUAGCCACGAUUGCAAGUGUGCACGUGUACAGCAUUCAGAAGGCCUUGCUGAAAGACAGCGGACCACUCUACAACACAGACUAUGAUAUUGUCAAAACAAACCUGCACAACUGCAGCAAGUUUAGUGCCAUUCAGUGUGCUGCUGCGGUCCCCAGGACGCCAGCCGAAGUUUCUCAAGCGCAGACGUCUGUGCAGGCUGGUUCCCAGGCACAGAGUGACACGAAUGCUGUCAGCGUACCUGCGAUCAACAGCCACGGUCCAUCGACUGCUAAACAGACCUCACAGCAGCCCAAAGGGAUCAUGGGAAUGUUUGCAGCGAAAGCGGCGGCUUCCAAACCCCAGGACACAAAUAAAGAAACUAAAGCAGAGGCUAAGGAGGCCCCAGGUGUGUCUGCAGUCAGCAGCAAACCACCAGCAAAGAGCAGCAUAAUGAACAACUUCUUUGGAAAAGCUGCCAUGAACAAACUCAAAGUUAACUCUGUGCCUGAGCAGCCAAAGGAGGAGAAAGAAGUAGUCAAGCCUUCAGUUCCUGUGGCAGAACCAGAGUCAUCCCCUAAUACUGUAGCAGAGAAACCAGGAAGGAAAACAGAGUCUGCUAGAAUUCAAAAGAACAAAAAAAGUAAAAUGAAGAGGGUGGACAAGUCGGAUAAUGAGGAAGAAAGAGAUCCCGAAAAUCUAAAGAAAAAGAGGAAGCGAAUCAAACAACUUCAGUCUGACAGCAGUGACGAGGAAGGUAAAAAGAUAUAUGUCCCACCGUCUCCCGCACCUGAGGAAGAGAAAGCUCCUUCUCCACCUCUUGUACCUGCUCUGAAAAAUGAACUGGAGCCUGCAUCCACGGAGGUUUUGGCUGGAGGGAGGAAGAGGAAACGGAAGCGUGUGCUGAAAUCCAAAAUGUUUAUUGAUGAAGAAGAAGGCUGCAUGGUGACUGAGAAGGUCUAUGAGAGCGAAUCCUGUACAGAUAGCGAGGAUGACUUCACCAAGUCCAAGCCACUAGCUGCUCUCAAACAGCCUGUGCUGCCUAUGAAGAAAGAACCAAAGGAAGAAAGGAAGAACCUGAAGAAAGGGGCAACUACCACCAACAGAGCCAACAAACAGGUCUCCAUCAUGGGUUUUUUUCCGAAGAAAUGAACUGGGUCUUCCUCUCAGUCCUCUUGGGCAGCUUGGGAGUGUUGCUCUUUUUGUGUGGCUUUCUAAAAGCUGCUGCGUUGGAGGAGAACAACGCGCAAUCUUUGGUUACAUAAGAUAUCUUGCUUACUGUGUAAGUAAGCCCUCUGGACUAGAUUUUGUAUCAGAGAAAAGUUGUUUGGGGUUUUUUUUAUUAUUUGUUACUGCAAUCAUUUCAGUCAUCUUUAUUAAGCAGUAUGGGAAUUGCCACCUAGAAGCAGAAUCUAGAGGAACUCUUGAAAGGCUGUUCAUCUAUUCACAUGAAAUUUUAUUUUUUUAAUAUGGCUUUUCACCUGCUCAGUGCUGAAGGCCUGUUCCAUGAGUGGUAGAUGGACUAAAUUAGGAGUUGAGUUGUGUUAUUUCACGCCCUCCCUCUUUUUAUACCCCUGACUCUCCAGAUUGAUCUUAAACAUCCAUGUUGGUUAGAAGCUGUAAUGUAGCAGGUCUUCCAGCGUACACACAAAUAUUGAACAUCUGCUUCAGCUUUAACUGAAUGAAAUGAACUUAAUUUUCCCCCUAGGACUGGUAAAUAGUUUUUGCUCUGCCUUUCAUAAUCUUUUUUUGGACAAAGCAGAGCAUAUAAAAUUCUCUUACUCUUUUCUUCCUUGAAUGUAUCCUCUGUAAAUUGCUCAGAUGCCUAAUUAUAGACCGGGACACUGUUGGUGCUCUGUCUUUGCAUAAACAUCUUUGAGGCUUCCCACCCAAUUGGCUCCAGUGUCACUGGGAGAAGGCUUUGCAAUUGUUGGGACAGCAACUAUAUAUCUUUAACCUUGAAAGUUAAUGAGUCAAAGGGAAGGGUGAUGGGAGGGCACUUCUGAAACGCCAGUUGGGUACCUGCUGUCACUGUCUGUGAAGAAUUGCACGCUGCUUUUUGGUUUUGUAGGUUUUAGGUUGUCUGAAGCUUUUUUACAGGCAUAAACCAGACAACAGAAGAGUUGUUUUCUAGGACAUCUCGUCAUCCGCCUGCUGAAGGAAGUGUGUCACAGCAAAUGGUCCUGAGGAACCAGUUAUUGGAGAUGAAUAAAGCACUGCAGUCCUGUUAAUCAGAAAUGAGUCAUCGUUUUGGAUGUCUUCUGGUUUUCUGGUGCUAAAUUUGAUAGAUACGUGUAAAAGGCUAGAUUUUCCAGGGGAUGGGUGCUGAGCGUUUCUGAAGCUUGGCUGGUGAGGGCUCCCAAAUAGGCAACUGAUGUCAUCAGUGGUUUCUGAGUGGUGUUGGGCCACCGUACCUAUGGCUGUGUAUGUACACACUGGUUUAUAAAGUGUUUGUGGUGGGUAGAAAGAUAAAUAAAGUCUGAGGAGUGCGACCAAGGAAGAAAUGUCUUCAGGCACCCAGCUGAAAUAUUCUGACCUGUGGCCAGUAGAAAGGCCAACAGUGUAUUUACACAGUCCUUCUGACCAGGAGAUCACGUUGGCGGCUCGAGAAAUUUUUAACACGCACCUAAUGGCGACCGAGAGUUGACUCGAUUGAAGUCACGUCGCCCUAGGGUUUGUGCCCGUGCUUGUGUCCUGGCCGGGUGGGUUCAGCGGCUCCCGGCAUGGAUCGCUGCUCUGGGGGCUGUUCAAGGGUAGCCUCAGAGCUCAGCACCCACCCCGUGUAGCUCCUCAGAAGCGUUAAGAGCUGAAACUCUGGACAUUUUUGAGGUGGAGAUGUAUAGGAAAAAUAACGGGAAGAUGAGGGGAGGCACUAUCAGCGUGGUACUCGCAGACAUCCAGACGCAGAGCCUGCUGUGCAAGCUGAAAAAGGUUUCAUGCUCUCAAGGUAUGUUGGAGUGACGUGGCAGCAGAGGUCCAUGGGGAAAGAAUGAACGACCUUGUUGUAACUUUUAUGAAGCAAAUUUAACUGUUUUAAGAAAAUAAAAACCUCCUGUAGCAUUUCUUUUUUUUUUCUUGGUGGAAUUGAGAGUGUAUUUCUAAAAGUAAUUAUACGUAACAAAACCCAUUAAAUACAGAUAUUUUUUUUUUCA